AGUUUGCUAUACAUGGAGGAAAAAACAGGUCCAAUAAAAUAAAGUCAGUUUAUUUAAUUACUAAAAUAAUAAUAAUAAUAAAAAGAAUGUGUGGUAAAAAAAAAUAAAUGCUAUAUACGGAAGAAAAACCUGAUAUUAUGUAAUAAAUUAAUUAUGUUUAUUUGAAUUAAAAAAAAAAAAAAAGUUAUUUAAAAAUGUGUGGCAAAUUUGCUAUACAUGGAGGAAAAAACAGGUCCAAUAAAAUAAAAUCCGUUUAUUUAAUUACUAAAAUAAUAAUAAUAAUGAAAAGAAUAUGUGGUAAAAAAAAAUGCUAUACACGAAAGAAAAACCUGAUAUUAUGUAACAAAUUAAUUCUGUUUAUUUGAAAUAAUAAAAACAUUAAAAAAAAAAAAAACUUAUUAAAAAAUGUGUGGCAAGUUUGCUAUACAUGGAGGAAAAAACAGGUCCAAUAAAAUAAAGUCAGUUUAUUUAAUUACUAAAAUAAUAAUAAUAAUAAAAAGAAUGUGUGGUAAAAAAAAUAAAUGCUAUAUACGGAAGAAAAACCUGAUAUUAUGUAAUAAAUUAAAUAUGUUUAUUUGAAUAAAAAAAAAAAAAAAGUUAUUUAAAAAUGUGUGGCAAAUUUGCUAUACAUGGAGGAAAAAACAGGUCCAAUAAAAUAAAAUCAGUUUAUUUAAUUACUAAAAUAAUAAUAAUAAUGAAAAGAAUGUGUGGUAAAAAAAUAUGCUAUACACGGAAGAAAAACCUGAUAUUAUGUAAUAAAUUAAUUCUGUUUAUUUAAAUUAAUAAAAUAAUUAAAAAAACAAAAACUUAUAAUUAAAAAAUGUGUGGCAAAUUUGCUAUACAUGGAGGAAAAAACAGGUCCAAUAAAGAAUUGUCUUACCCUACCAGGAGGAAUAAGCCGGGGGAUCGCGCCAAAGCUUUGGAGGAGAUCCUGCCCAUCGUGGAAUCGGGUGGCGUGGUGGUCUCGGACGUCUACUGCCUGUGCGGGCGCAUCUACAAAGACAUGUUCAUCAGCUCGGCCUUCAUUGACCAGCACAGCAGAGAUCAGGCCUGCUACUGGUAUGGAAAAGCCUUUGAGACGGAGCACACGAUUCACUCGGGCAUCAACAACGUUGUCCUUCUGAUGGCGGCGGGACACGAGUUUGACACCUCCAUUGAGCUGCGUAAAAUAGGUGUGACCAUAAGCACUCUGCUGGGCCGUAAGGGAAGCCUGGAGAAGAUGAAGGACUACUGGGACGUGGGCUUCUACCUCGGCGCCAACAUCCUGGCUAACGUGCACAGGAAAGUCAUUGUGGCUUCAGAGAAACUCUACAAGCUCAAGGCUCCGAUAUGGUACGUGGCGUCCGUGAUGGAGACGUACAUUCUGUACCGGCAGUUUGCCAAGCCGCCCGAGGUGAAGUCUCCCGAACAGGACACGGUGGACUUCUGGAUGGAGCUUCUGUUGCAGUACUGUAAACCCAACGUCUGCACCCACCGCUGCCCGGUGCUCAUUCUGGAGCCCAGCAAAGUCCUCCAGCCUGCUACAGUGUCUGUGAGUGGGGGGGAUGGAAGUGGCACCGUCCAGUUGAAACACGUCACUCCAUUAAAGAAAGGCUUACACCAGUGGACUUUCCCAGCCGCUGCAAUCCGGGGAGUGAGUGUGUCCAAAAUCGAUGAGCGGAGCUGCUUCCUGUACGUGCACUACAACUCUGAUGACUUCCAGCUUUGCUUCCCCUCUGAGCUCCACUGCAAAGGUUUCUGUGAAGAGGUCAACUCUCUGCUCCAUCAGGCCGAGGAUGUCUCUCAGGACAGCAGCCACGUCACUGACGGAAUACUGGAGUACGUGUACGAGACUAACGAGAAUGGCGACAAGGUGGUUCUCGGCAAAGGGACGUACGGCGUGGUGUACGCCGGGAGGGACCUGAGCAACCAAGUGCGCAUUGCCAUCAAAGAGAUCCCAGAGAAGGACAGCACUUACUCCCAGCCUCUCCACGAGGAGAUCCAGCUCCACAAGAGGCUGAUGCACAGGAACAUUGUCCAGUACCUGGGCUCCGUCAGUCAGGACGGUUUCAUCAGGAUCUUCAUGGAGGAAGUACCAGGAGGAAGUUUGUCUUCUCUGCUGCGCUCCAAGUGGGGUCCUCUGAAGGACAACGAGACCACCAUCAUCUUCUACACCAAGCAGAUCCUGGAGGGGCUCAGAUACCUCCACGACAACCAGAUAGUCCACAGAGACAUCAAGGGGGACAACGUGCUGAUCAACACUUAUAGCGGAGUUUUGAAGAUCUCCGACUUUGGAACCUCUAAGAGGUUAGCGGGGAUCAACCCCUGCACGGAGACGUUUGCUGGAACUCUUCAGUACAUGGCGCCAGAGAUUAUAGACCAGGGGCCUCGGGGGUAUGGCAAGCCGGCGGACAUAUGGUCCCUGGGGUGCACCAUCAUUGAAAUGGCAACAGGCAAAACCCCCUUCCAUGAGCUGGGAAGUCCUCAGGCAGCCAUGUUCAAGGUCGGGAUGUUUAAGAUCCACCCCAAGGUUCCGGAGAGCAUGUCAGACGAGGCCAAGAGCUUCAUCAUGAACUGUUUCGAGCCCGAUCCAGACGACCGGGCCACAGCCACGGAUCUGCUCAAGGACACUUUCCUCAGAUCGUCCCCCAGGAAGAAGACCAGAGUCCAGCAGCAUUUUGAUCCCCAAGACGUCUCUGCUGUUGACUACAAUCGUAGCCUCUCAGUGCCAAUCUCCAUCCUUGUGGAGGACACAGACUCCUACCCGGACUCCAUCGACUUGUCCUGCUCCCUGGACCUCAGGAAUACUCUGUCCACCUUUACAGCCAACCUCUCUGAGAGCCCUUCCAUCAACGGACAGUUCCUGCCCGUGCCAGAAGAGUUUCCUCUGGACAUGAGCAGCCCCGCGUCCACCGGGGAGAACAUGGGUCUGUUCAUGCUGAGGAAAGACAGCGAGAGGAGGGCCACGCUGCACCGGGUGCUCAACGACGACAUCGCCCUGGUGGUGGCCAACAUACAGGAAGCUGUGCCUCAGUAUGGCGAGGGGUCAUCUCUGACUGAAGACCACAUCAGCAAGCUCAUCUGCUGCUUGCGAGACAACAUCUGCUCUCCAGACAGGAAGCAGCUGACCAGCAACCUGCUCAGCCUCCAAGCUGCGCUGCUCUCUACUGCAGUGCCUCCAAACGGCCUGCAGGCGGUGCUGUUCAGCUUCCAGGAUGCAGUGAAGAAAGUGUUGAGGCAGCAGCGGGUGAAACCUCACUGGAUGUUUGCCUUGGACAAUCUGCUGAGACAGGCGGUGCAGGACGCCAUCACUGUGCUUCUCCCAGAACUGAAGCUCCAGCUGCAGUCGUCGUUCGAGGCGGAGGAGAACACACCUGAGGAGCAGCAGCCCCUCCUCCCAGGCAGCCACCCCGCACAGUCUCACCAGUCGGCACCUGUGGACGAGACCAGGUCACAGCCCACGAAAGCCACCCUGGACAGCUACUGUCCACUCAGUGACCAACUGAAAGACCUCCGGAUAGAGACUAAAAGACUGCUGAGGUUGCUGAGUGACAAGGAGAGAGAGUACCAGGACCUCCUGCUGACUUCAGUCCAGCACAAACAACAACACAUCCAUGCUCUCAGGACUAAUUCUACAGCAGAAGUUGUGUCGACUGUCCAGAGGAGGAGUGGCCAGGACGUGGAUGACAUGGUGCGCUGGCUGGAGGCGGUGCCUGUGGAUCACAACACUGUUGACAAGUUGGUGUCUCAGGAGUUCAGCUUGGACUGCCUGCUCCACUUGGCCUGCAGGGAUGACCUCAUGUACUGUGGGAUAAGAGGCGGCAUGUUGUGUCGCAUCUGGGCGGCCAUCAGCGCUCACAGGAAGUCUGAGUGCAGUACUCACCACCAGGACAGUGGUGGCGCUCUACUUUGACACUGUAGUGGACAGGCUGGUCCUGCAAGUUUUUGUAUUUGAACACAUUUUAUGUGUAAGAACUGUAAGAUGUUGCACUCUCAGGGUUAUUUUGUUAUGCUUGCAACAAAAAAACUUGGAUUGAAAAGUGUCACUUUUGUUUAGAUGAGAGUAAGUAAGUUAUUACUACUGUACAUGUUUGUUAGAUUGCCUUCAGAUGUAGCAAACACUAAUAUUUUUAUGCUCAUUUGUUUUGAGUUUGCUGCAGUAAAACACAUAUGUAUCAAUGUUAUGUAUUAAUA